GAUCGUCAUUAAAUUCAAGUCAGUUGCAUUUACUCUUUUCACAUUUUAUUACACACCAUAGAAAAAUUGUAGAGGAAAUUAAAUGGAUUUUUUUUUCAUUGCAACAUUAAAAGCAAGUUGCAUUAUUCAUUUAAGCCAAAACUUUUUUAGUCUAGUUUUUAGUUGGCAAUAAGUCAGCAGGCAAAAUUACUUUCAGCGGUAUUUUUUAUUUAAUGUGAAACUUUUUAUUGUUGAGGAUGGACAAAAAAAGUGGAAUUAAAAGUUUUAUUCAAAGGAAACGUUUGUUGUGUUGCAAGAAUGGAUGAAUUCGGGAUUAAAUGUUUAACAGGUUAAUUUUAGAUGACGAUAAAAAUUCUUUUAUGAUAGAUUAUUGAAUAAAUUGGACAGUCAAGACAGGUAAAGUUAAUGUUUUUAUACUGUGGAUAUUUUUCUCAAAACAGUUUAUUGCAACAGUGAACAAGAUGUUGAAGGACUGAACAGUUGCGUAGUAUUACAAGUACUGUAGAGAAUUCAGGAAAAAGUUAUAGUUUAAAAAGAAAAAAAAACAUUGGUCAAAAUGAAUGGUCAUUUUGAUUUUGAUCCUUCGUACAAUAACUUUAAAAUGUUUAUGACUUAUUGGUUUAUGUCUUCUCGUCACAGGCCAGGAUUGAAUGGAUUAGCAGACGGUCAGUUGCUGCCGGACAGGAUGGGAAUCGGAGAAGGUAUGGAAGAGGAACUACAGAGGAGAAUGAGGGGGAGAAGUAAUAACUUUGAAGAAGAAUUACGAAGUCGUUUUGGACUUAAUAAUAUUGAAGAAGAGUUACGAAGUAGAAUGGGAUUAAGUAACAGGAUUGGACAAGAACAUAAUGGUAAAAUCGGAGGUAAUAGUACUGUCGAAGGGGACCUUCAUAAUCGACUCAGUUUUAAUCGUGGUAUGGAGGAUGAAUUGCGUAGCAGGAUGGAAGCAAGUCAUAGUAUAGAAGAAGAACUACGUAAGAAAAUUGGAUUCAGCAGCAGUAUUGAAGAAGAAUUACGAAGCCGGUUGUUAUAUAAAAAUAGUGGACAGAAUUCGCAGGGUGAUAUGUCUUUUUACAAUGCAGUUGACGAAAUGUGUCGUCAACAAAAUCAUCCUCAAAACCAAUCAUUCCAGUCAAAAAAUAGAGAUUCGGACAUUGGAGAGGAAACAGAACCAAACAGCGACCAUCUUGAUGAGGUAAUCGAAGCAGUAGCAAGAAAUGAUUUCGACUAUGAUCCCGAAGAUAGUUUUAUAAAACCAGAACAUAAAAGAAGUUGUAACCAGUUCGAAGAUAACUUUCCUAUCAAACAGGAACCUAUAGACUAUGAUUUAAUGGCAGCAAACUUGACAGCAGGUCUCAUGAAUCCUGACCGCCGUCACAUGUGUCCACACUGCUGUAAAGGUUUUCGGAGUAGACAACAGUUAUUACAGCAUAGCCUAGUCCAUACAAAUCUUAGAAAAUAUCAUUGUAAUUAUUGUGAACGAUCGUUCAAACAGCUCUCUCAUCUUCAUCAGCAUCAUAGAAUUCAUACAGGUGAAAAACCUUACUCUUGUCCAUUAGAUGGAUGUGACAAAGCCUUCCCACAGUUAUCAAACUUGCAGCAUCAUAUACGUAAUCAUGAUAAGUUAGCCGAAAGUCAAUACCAGUGUCACUUGUGUGAUAGGGCUUAUCCCAAUGAAGCUACGCUGAAGGCCCAUAACACAAGGAUGCAUGUCCAUUCCAAGUUGAUUUCUGAUCUGCAAAAAUCACCACUGUCUCAACCAAACACGUCUGUCUCACCGGAGGAUACCGUCGUCUCUGAUCUGCAGCCACGACAAAGAAAAAGAAAGGCAUCUCGACCACAACAUAUCAACAAUCGAUCAGCAAUACCAUUUAACCAUUCAGAAAUGGAAAAUCGCAUUUACAAUAAUUAUAUGAACAAUUAUUCAAAAGAUAAUAGACCAGAAGGUUAUGUGUAUAUCUUGGACAGUGAUGAUGAUGAAAAUGUCCCAGACAUUCCAAUGAAAAAAUCCGACAUUUCCAGCAAUAAUAAUUGUUACAGCAGCAGUGUGUCUCGAAGUGAUAACUUUUACAUUGCACAGAGGUCACAAGAAGGUCAGUCAAAAAAUUUGUCGUCUGCAGAAGAUGAGGACAAACAUUUUGGCAGAAAUAAUUCAUCCAGUGUUCAAGUUAAUAAUUCUAAUUUUAGGUAUGUAGAUGAAGAUAUCUAUAGAUUACAAAUGUCUGAUACCAGGAGCCAAAGCUUGCCUAAACUGUCCAAAAACAAUGAUCAUGCGACAGAAUCAUCCAAUGAAAUCAUUAGAAACAACAGCAGUGUUUCAGCAGCAUCCAAUGAUAUGUUCAGAAACAACUCCAGUGAAAUGUUCAGAAACAACCCCAGUGGUUCGAUGACAUCCACUGAAAUAUUUGGACACAAAAAUCAACCAGCAAUUUCAAGAAAUGGCAGUUUUUUACCUGUUUCAUCUGUAAACCGUCGUGAUACAGUACCCUCAAAUGGAAUACCUAUAAAUAGGAACCAUUUGUCAACAGCAUCCAAUGAAAUGAAUAGAAACCAUGAUGAAAGGUCACAUUUGGCCAAUGAAAUGCAGCAUUAUAGUAGUAGUAUGGGUUUAGAUUUAUCAAUCAAUAACAAUGAUUUUUCUAGAAUGUACAAUGAAAGAUCUAGACUACCAAAUAUGUCUUCUGAUAGAAGUUAUGCAAACAACCAUGUUUUAUCCAGAAUCCAAAAUGGUCUAGGUGAUAACCAAAUAAAAAUGGAGGGAAAAGAAAAUCAAAUAUUUACCAAUGGAAUGGUACCAGAAACUGAUACACAUUUUAUUCAAAUGAUGAACAACAAUUCAAAUGAAUGGCGGAGAAGAAAUUUUGUCGGCCAAAACAGAAUAGUAAAUGGUGAAUCUGAAGGAAGUUCUGACGAGUCCGAAGUAGAUAUGGGUGAACAGCAGCAUUUUCCCACUCCAAAUUUAGGAGCAGACGUGUAUGAUGACCCAAUGAACUAAGUCAAAACAAUAGAUCUGCAAAACUUUUUUAGUUGUUUAUGUUUAAUUAUAAGUGUUGUGUGUACAAUAUGAGGUUACAAUCCAAGAAAGAGGGACAAGGGCCCAUAUAUUUAGUUGGUUUAAUAGUUGCUUUUAUUUGUUGUUUUAUGUAAAUAAAUUGAAAGAUUGCUUGUGCUUAUCAAUUUUCAAACUUUAGAUUUUGUUUAAAUUAGGCUAAAAAAGAAUAUAGUUCUGUUUCCUGUCUCUCUACCCUACCCUAACACUUAUUAUGAACUUUUAUCAUCAGGUUAAGCACUAUUUAAAGUACAACAUUAUUUGAUUAAGCACUGCUUAAGUCAAGAACAUUCCCCUAUAUAGUCUAUAUAAAAUAUUUAAAAAAUAAAAUUAUUUUAUCUACCUACAUACCCUAAUUUUCGUCUAGAAGGCAGGAAAACAGGUUUAUAUUUUUUGCAUUGCAUUUUUGUUUGUUUUAAUAAGUUAUACAUUAUCAAAGAUUUUUUUCCAGUGUGUUUCAAUAUUGUAU